UAUCUUUCAUUACUUUUCUUCUCGCAGUUGUCGUACAAAGUCGAGGCUGUGCCCAACUCUUAUGGUGAACAUGGUGAAGGUCCUCACUGGGAUAUUGAGAGUCAGAGCCUCUACUACGUAGAUAUUGAAGCGGGGAAACUAUUGCGCUACGACUAUCAGGAGAAUAAAGUUUACAAAUCCAAAAUCGAAGGCGAGGAUCUUGCUUCCUUUGUCAUUCCCAUCGAGGGUCAAAAUGGCAAGUUUAUUGUUGGAGCAGCACGUCGGGCGAUAAUUGUGGAUUGGAAUGGUGUCUCUAAUACAAGCAAAGUGGAUAGCGUACUCUUUGAAGUGGAAGCCGGAGAAAAAUAUGCUGGUAAUCGUUUCAAUGAUGCUAAAGUCGACCCACGUGGCCGCUUCUUUGGCGGCACGAUGCAAUAUAUUGGAAAUGAUACAUAUCCUUUGGCGGCAUUAUACAAGUACGAUAAAGGCAAUGUUUCUACGGUAAAAAAAGAUGUAGGUAUUUCCAAUGGCUUGGCUUGGAACGAGAAGUUGAAGAAAUUCUAUUAUAUUGACACUGACACCUAUGAAGUGAACGCAUACGAUUACAACUUCGAUACUGGCGUGCCAAGUAAUCCUAAAGUUAUAUUCGAUCUACACGGGGCAAAACCUGAAGACGAUUUGCUGCCUGAUGGUAUGACUAUUGACAGUGAAGGCAACCUCUACGUCGCCACAUACAACGGUCACACUGUUUACAAGGUCAACCCAAGUACCGGUGAAGUUCUUUUGGAAAUUAAGUUACCUACCAAACAAAUCACUUCAGCUGCUUGGGGUGGCCCCAAUCUUGACAUAUUGUACGUGACCACUUCGGCGAUAAAUGACCAACCCGCACCGGCUGGUACUACCUUCAAAGUCACUGGUUUAGGCGCUAAAGGUUUACCAAUGUCAAAGCUUCAACUUUAAUUGUGUGCCUCGCGAUCAGAGUUUCCAGAUUCUUUUCUCAAAAAACUGUAAAUUUCCAAAAAAAAAAAA